CAGCGUUUUCUUGUCCAGAGAUGGCUUCAGAGGAUUUCAGAGUAGUUGGCGCUCUGGGUCCUGUGUUGCAGGUGUCUGCUGGAAAAUGGCUGAAUACUUGGCUUCCAUCUUUGGCACCGAGAAAGACAAAGUCAACUGUUCAUUUUAUUUCAAAACUGGAGCAUGCCGUCAUGGAGAUAAGUGUUCGCGGUUGCACAAUAAACCAACCUUUAGCCAGACCAUUGCCCUCUUGAACAUUUACCAUAACCCUCAAAACUCUGCCCAGUCUGCUGAUGGUUUGCGCUGCACUAUGAGUGACUUGGAGAUGCAAGAGCACUAUGAUGAGUUCUUUGAGGAAGUCUUCACUGAGAUGGAAGAAAAGUAUGGACAGGUUGAAGAGAUGAACGUCUGUGACAACCUAGGAGACCACCUGGUGGGGAAUGUGUAUGUCAAGUUUCGUUAUGAGGAGGAUGCAAAGAAAGCUGUGAUGGACUUGAAUAACCGCUGGUUUAAUGGGCAGCCAAUCCAUUCAGAGCUGUCCCCAGUGACUGACUUCAGGGAAGCCUGCUGCCGCCAAUAUGAGAUGGGAGAGUGCACAAGAAUGGGCUUCUGCAACUUCAUGCAUCUGAAGCCAAUCUCAAGAGAGCUCAAAAGGAAGCUGUCUAGGCUCCAUCGCAAGAGGCAUAGAUCCAGGUCCCGAUCCCGGGAAAGGCAUUCUCCAUCCAGAGACAUUAGGCAUGGUGACACCAGAGGAGGUAGAGGACGAGAGCAUUACAGGAGGCAGUCCAGAUACCUCAAGAGAUAUGGGAGAUUCUGAGCCCAGCUGUUUAUACCACGUGUCUGCUAGACAGUGUUGUAGUUGGUUGACAAGCCAGUUCAUAUUGGAACUGUUUUUUUUUUAAACAACCAAAAAAGAUGAGUUUCUGAAUAAAAUUUGUAGUGAUAAAAUAAGAAAAGCCACCUUAUUAAAUACAGGGUUCAGGGUCUUCCUGUGAACUUUAGUCUGGUGAUUUUGUUGUGGUGGAAGCUCUACCUCAGCCCCUGACAUCCAUAUACCCAAAGAGUCUGGGAUGAUUAGGUGAAACCCCACCUCUCUCUCCCCAGACCCUACCCCUUUCAAAAAGCUUACCAAGCAACAGCCCAUCCCUCCUGAAAGCCCGCCCCCCCCCCCCAGCUACUCAGGACCUGGUAGCCUUAAUUGCCAUGUGAUUCCUAGCCUGCCUUCCCAAGGGUCACCUAGGAUUUCUUGCUCUGUUUAUUAAACCUGGAUUUAUUAACUUAGCUUGACUGGCUUAUUACAUCAGCAGCAACAGAAAAACCAGUGAUGGGGAUUCAAAACUUACCAGUUUUGUUGUCCUGUUAAUAAGCAAGUUGAUCUUGAUAUAAGGAUCUGAAGCCCCAGAGAAGUCCUUGGCUGGCAAAUUGACAUCUCUGUAUCUUCAGGAUGAACUGUUUCAAGUGCAGUCAUAGUUAAAAAUGAAGUUCAGUUUCCCACAGGCUUUGCUGUUACUCUUUUCUUCUCUGUCCAGUGACCUCUGCUUAUAUAAUUCUGGUUUAAUUCUACCAAUCCCAGUCAACUAAUCCUGCCUCUCAGGCUAUUGUAUAUUAAAGUCUGGGUUCCACAGGUUGAAUUGUCUUCAGAUUGAGAUUUGCCUUAAAUGAAGAGCAAGACA